CAGUGUCACUGAAAAGUAGCAAAAAGAAGAAGAAAAGCACCUCGAAAAUUCUUCUGGAAAUAUUAAUUAAUAUUUGGGUUUAUUGGUUACACUAUAUCUAACUAAAUUUAUAUUUGAUUAUAACUGUUAAUUUGAGGUAGGCAGUGCAGUCAUCAAAAUGCCGAAGAAAUUUACUGGCGAGAAUAGUAAAGCUGUUGCUGCCCGGCAACGUAAAGAAGAUGCUAAGCAGGAGAAAGAACAAAAAAUGAAAAAGGUUAUAGAGGACGCUCAGUGGGAAGAUAAUGAUGAUAAACUCAAGAAAAAGCAACAAAAAAAGGAAGAUCAGGAAAAGAAACGCCUUGAACAACUACAGAAAAAGGCAGAGGCAAAAGCUUUGCUGGAAAAGGAGAUGGAAUCAAUCAAAAGUGUGAAAGCCGCGCCACCACCGCCGAAGAUCACACGAGCACAGAUAUCUUUCGCCAAAGAGAAGGUUGUGAGGCCAGAGCCUGUAAAACCUGUGCCAUCAAGGGUAGUGGUCGAGGAGCCACCGCUGGAAGAGAAUCUCAAUAGGCUGCAGAUUGAGGGAGAAGUUGCUCAAUCGGUUGAGGAAGCUAUAUCAAUACUCGGUGAUCAAGCUGACAUUGACAAGCAUCCUGAAAAACGAUUGAAGGCAGCAUACACAGCAUUUGAAACUUCCAACUUACCUAGACUAAAGCAAGAGAACCCUACUCUUCGUCUGUCCCAGCUGAAGCAGAUGCUCAGGAAAGAAUGGUUGAAGUCACCACAGAAUCCACUCAAUCAGAAGGUUUAAUUUCUGGUUUUUAUACACAAUUUUUCUAGUAGGUACUACCUACAGAAAAUUUAUGGUUUAACACAUUAUGUAGUAGGUAUGUAAAUAAUCACAGUCAGAAUUAAAAAUAUGUAAUGCAAUAAAAUUAUUUCAAGUA